AUGGCAGAAGGUUCUCCAUCCGAUAGUUUCGUAACCGCCGAUGGCCAAAUGGCCUAUGGAGGCUUCGAUGAGGUUACCAAGAAUAAUGUGAGGAAUGCUGUUGAGAGUUUUGUUAAAAGUAAUUUAGAUAGGUCCGAUCUGAUGAAAUUGGAUAGUUCACAAGAAGUUGCUGGUAUUAAUCCAAUUGGAUUGAAAGAAGGUGAUCCUGAUUACGACACAAGACUAGAUCCAAAUUCCGACAGCUUUUCUAGCAAGGAAUGGAUUAAAAACCUGGCAAAGAUAAAGGAGGUUGAUCCUGAUUAUUUCAAACCACAUAAACUUGGAUGUUGUUGGAAGAAUUUGUCGGUUGUUGGUGAUUCCUCAGAUAUUUCUUAUCAAUCAACGUUUGGGAAUGUGCCUUGUAAAAUUAUCGGUUGGGUUUCUAGAUAUGUGAGACCUUCGAGAAAAUCUCACAAGUUUCAAAUUUUAAAAUCAAUGGACGGUAUUGUUAAUCCUGGUGAAUUGUUAGUUGUAUUGGGUAGACCUGGUUCGGGGUGUACAACUUUGCUUAAAUCCGUUUCGUCUAAUGCACACGGAGUUCAUGUUAGUGAAGAUUCAACUAUAUCUUAUAACGGUAUUGCACCGAGUGAGAUAAAGAAACAUUUUCGCGGUGAAGUGGUUUAUAAUGCAGAAACGGAUAUACACAUUCCUAAUAUUUCUGUUUAUCAAACCCUGCUUACAGUUGCGAGGUUAAAGACCCCACAGAAUAGAAUUAAAGGUGUGGAUAGAGAAUCAUGGGCUAAUCACAUUGCUGAGGUUGCCAUGGCGAUGUAUGGAUUAUCCCAUACUAGAGAUACUAAAGUAGGGAAUGAAGUCGUGAGAGGUGUUUCAGGAGGUGAGAGGAAGCGUGUUUCUAUUGCAGAAGUUACCAUCUGCGGAUCUAAGUUCCAAUGUUGGGACAAUGCCACAAGAGGUUUGGAUUCUGCUACUGCAUUAGAAUUUGUCAAGGCACUUCGAGCACAGGCAGAUAUUGAGAAUAGUGCGGCAUGCGUUGCCAUUUACCAAUGUUCUAAGGAUGCAUAUGAUUUGUUCGAUAAAGUAUGCGUUAUGCAUGGUGGGUACCAAAUUUAUUUCGGUGCCGCCAAAGAUGCAAAACGUUACUUCGAAAAAAUGGGAUAUUAUUGUCCCAGUAGACAAACCACUCCUGACUUUUUAACAUCAAUUACAAGCUGUGCGGAAAGAAUUGUUAAUAAAGAAUUUAUUGAAAGAGAUGUAUUUGUUCCUCAAACGGCUGAAGAAAUGUCAGAUUAUUGGCGUAGUUCUCAAGAGUUUAAAGAGUUACAACAAGUUAUUAAUCAACAGUUAGAUCAAAAUCGUGAAGAAAGUUUGAAUCUUUUAAGGAAUUCUCAUAAAGCGGCACAAUCUAGAAGGGUGAGGACUUCUUCACCUUAUACUGUGAAUUAUUACAUGCAAAUCAAAUACAUGAUGAUUAGAAAUGUUUGGAGAAUCUUCAACAGUCCUGGUGUUACUUUGGUUAGAUUCUUUGGUAACAUUGUUAUGGCAUUAGUUAUUGGAUCGAUGUUUUACAAAGUUGAAAAACAUACUACUACUGAAACAUUUUAUUACCGUGGUGCAGCUAUGUUUUAUUCCAUCUUAAUCAAUGGAUUCUCAUCAUUAAUUGAAAUUUUUGCACUUUUCGAAGCUAGACCAAUUACUGAGAAACAUAAGAGGUAUUCUUUAUAUCGCCCAAGUGCCGAUGCCUUCGCAUCUUUUCUGGCUGACGUUCCAGCUAAAGUUGUGUCCAGUGUAUGCUUUAGUGUCAUAUUCUAUUUUCUGGUGCAUUUUAGACGUGAUCCUGGGAGAUUUUUCUUUUACUUAUUGAUUAACAUCGUUGUCUCAUUUGUCAUGUCUCAUUUAUUCAGAUGUGUUGGUUCAUUAUCUAAAACUAUAGUAGGUGCUAUGGUACCAGCGUCUAUGCUUCUAUUAUGCGUGGCGCUCUAUACUGGGUUUUCUAUCCCGAAAAGAAGUAUGCAUGGUUGGUCCAAAUGGAUUUGGUACAUUGAUCCCUUAUCAUACUUGUUUGAAGCUUUAAUGACAAAUGAAUUCCAUGGUCGAAAAUUCCCAUGUGCGUCCUACAUUCCGAAUGGACCUCAAUAUCAAAACAAUACUGGAGAUCAAAGAGUUUGUUCAGUGGUAGGAUCCGUUCCGGGUCAAAACUAUGUUCUUGGUGAUAAUUACAUUAAGCUAAGUUAUGAAUACGAAAUCAAGCACAAAUGGCGUGGAUUUGGAGUUGGUAUGGCAUAUGUGGUUUUUUUCUUCUUUCUUUACUUGCUCAUUUGUGAAUACAAUGAAGCCGCUAAACAGAAAGGUGAUUUAUUAGUUUUUCCUCAAAGUGUGGUUCGAAAGAUGCAUAAAAGAAAUGCAUUGAAGCAACAGACCUUUGAUUCUGAAGAUAUUGAAAAAAAUUCUGCUCUCUCUGCAAAUGAUGCUACAAACAAGACUUUAAUUACAGAUUCUUCUGAAGAUUCUCCAGAUGAGCAAAUAAAAGCAAUUUCACUUCGUCAAUCUGAUUCUGUGGUUCAUUGGAGAGAUUUAUGUUAUGAAGUUCGUAUUAAAAGGGAAAGUAAAAGGAUUUUAAACAAUAUAGACGGUUGGGUUAAACCUGGAACAUUAACCGCCCUCAUGGGCGCUUCAGGUGCAGGUAAAACAACUUUGUUGGAUUGUCUUGCAGAAAGAGUUACUACGGGUGUUAUUACUGGUGGUAUAUUCGUUGAUGGUAAAUUACGUGAUGAAUCUUUCCCCAGAUCUAUUGGUUAUUGUCAGCAACAGGAUUUGCAUCUAAAGACGGCUACCGUUAGAGAGUCUUUACUGUUUUCAGCUAUGUUACGCCAACCUAAGAGUGUUCCUGCUUCUGAAAAGAGAAAGUAUGUGGAGGAAGUCAUUAACGUUCUUGAAAUGGAACCCUAUGCAGAUGCCAUUGUUGGUGUAGCUGGUGAGGGUUUAAAUGUUGAGCAGAGAAAAAGGUUGACCAUAGGUGUAGAAUUGGUAGCAAAACCCAAACUAUUGAUUUUUCUAGAUGAGCCGACUUCUGGUUUAGAUUCUCAAACGGCAUGGUCCAUCUGUCAACUAAUAAGAAAAUUAGCAAAUCGUGGGCAGGCUAUCCUGUGUACAAUUCACCAGCCUUCUGCCGUUUUGAUACAAGAAUUUGACCGGUUGUUAUUCUUGCAAAAAGGUGGUGAAACUGUCUAUUUUGGUGAGUUGGGUGAUGAAUGUAAUAUCAUGGUAGAUUAUUUCGAGCGCAAUGGAGCUCAUAAAUGUCCACCAAAUGCAAAUCCGGCAGAAUGGAUGCUUGAGGUUGUUGGUGCUGCGCCUGGUAGCCAUGCAAAUAGAAACUAUCAUGAAGUUUGGAAAACUUCAAAAGAAUAUCAGGAGGUUCAGUGUGAACUUGAUCGUUUGGAAAGGGAACUUAAGGGUCAUAAUGGUGAUGAGGACAAUGGAGAAAGGCAUAAAUCUUAUGCAACGGAUAUUUUCAGCCAAAUUGUAAUAGUAUCGCAUCGUUUUUUCCAACAAUAUUGGAGAUCUCCACAGUAUCUAUAUCCUAAGCUGUUUUUAACCGCCUUCAAUGAGAUGUUCAUUGGCUUCACUUUUUUCAAAGAAAAGAAAUCAUUACAAGGUAUACAAAAUCAAAUGUUGUCCACCUUUGUUUUUUGUGUGGUUUUCAAUGCCCUUUUACAACAGUUUUUACCUGUCUAUGUGGAGCAGAGAAAUUUGUAUGAAGCUAGAGAACGUCCCUCACGCACAUUUUCAUGGUUUGCUUUCAUUGUUUCACAAAUAAUCGUAGAGGUUCCCUGGAAUAUCUUAGCUGGUACGAUAGGAUUUUUUGUUUAUUAUUACCCUGUAGGAUUUUAUCAGAACGCCUCUGAAGCUCACCAGCUACAUGAAAGGGGUGCACUUUACUGGUUAUUCUGUACUGCUUUCUUUGUAUGGGUUGGUUCCAUGGGUAUACUGGCCAAUUCCUUUGUGGAGUAUGCAGCUGAAGCCGCCAAUUUAGCGCUGCUGUGCUUUGCAUUCUCAUUGGCCUUCAACGGUGUUUUAGCGCCUCCAGAUAAAAUACCCCGUUUUUGGAUUUUCAUGCACAGAGUUUCUCCACUAACCUAUUAUAUUGACUCUGCGUUAUCAGUUGGUAUGGCCAAUGUUGAUGUGAAAUGUUCAGAUUACGAAUAUGUCAAGUUUAGCCCUUCGGCAAAUCAGACUUGUGGUCAGUACAUGGACCCCUAUAUUAAGUCUAUUGGUACUGGUUAUUUAGCAAAUCCAAAUGCUACUGAUCAAUGUCGUUUUUGCCCCAUCUCGAAAACGAAUGAUUUUUUGAAAACUAGAGGCUCGUAUUAUUCACAUAGGUGGAGGAAUUAUGGUAUAUUCAUAUGUUUCAUUGCAUUUAAUUAUGUCGCUGCCAUUUUCUUUUACUGGUUAGCAAGAGUACCUAAAGGCAAUAGAGUUUCUAAGAAGAGUAAGGGCUAA